GUCCAUUAAGUGAAAUCCGUUCUUUCGCGUCAACAAUUGGAAGCCGAUGGGAUUUGUAUUUUAAACUCAACAUUCUCGAGUGAAUACGUACCUUACCUUGCCUGGUCACUCCCGCGGGUUAACGUGGGUGGCGGGGCAGGAUCGCCAGUCUCCCAGCUCCAAAGCUCCAACGUCGACCAUCCUCAGCAACUAAUCCACAACAUCAUCCUGCCAUGACCACGGCGAUACCUUCCAUCGCCUGCCUAGGCAUCAUAGGGCGCAACAACAACCCCCUCCACAUCAGCAUCUUCCCUUCCUACGACCCGCAGUCCAACACCUUCGCACCGCUACGGACACCUCUCGAAUUCUCCCUCCUACUCUCCUCGUCGAUUGACAUUUUCGACCUCCGCACCAAGCACAACGCCAUCAACAACACGCCGCUCGCCACAGGCGACUAUGGCCUCCUCCACGCCAUCGACGACCGCCUCGCGGCGUAUGGCUUCGAGACGAACACGGGCGUCCGCAUGGUCUGUGUAGUGGACAUGCGCGGGCGCCGAGCGGCGGUGGGAUCGAGCAGUGUGCGGUCGGGACUACGGGAUGCGGAGAUGAAGCCCGUCUUCCGGGCGAUGCAGAGCGCCUACGUGCGGUUGCUGCAGAACCCCUUCUUCGCACCGGAUGAGCAUCUGGGCCCUGUGGGCGGCCAUGGCGGGCGGCGCAUUACGAGUCGAAAGUUUGGAGAGGACAUGAAGAGGAUAGGUGAAGGCUGGACGCCAGGGGUCACGAAUCUAUGAGCAUUGUGGGGGGAAGGCGGCAAGGUGUCUGGCGUUCCAAGAGGGUAUAUCCAUUGACUUUUAACAUGGGCUAUUUGCAUAA